GGAUUUUACAGGGGCUUGGCUCUGUCUUCAAGAUCCCCCAUUCAUCUUGUAUCCCUGGACUGCAGGGGGAAUGAAAGGAAGACGGAGACCUGGCUGCUUAUGUGCUAACCUUUGGGAAGCUGUGGACACAGGAGGCCACCAUCGGGACAUUUGAACAUCUAAACGUUCAAACAGCCCCGAGCCCGUGUUUGUGCUCAGAGGAUCAUUAACCAAUAACCCCACAGAAGAAACACAACAGGAGCAUCGCAGCUCCAGUCUUGCACGCAGCACGAAGGCUGUGCCAGUGACUCAUCCUCUGUCUAGUCUGUUCGCCAAACCUGCAGGAGUUGUGAAAGCAGCGGUAGGCUAUAAAAGCGGAGAGUGGCUCAGGGGCAGAGAAGGAGACAGUGGAGAUGGAGAGCAGGUACCUUGUGCGCGUUUCUCUGCUCACCCUCACCAGUGCUGUGCUGUCUGCAGCCCUGCCUGUGGGCCAGGAUGCACAGCUCGGCACGGAUGACCAGCACUUUGCAGAACAAUACCUGCAGCGCUUCUACAAAAUGAAGCAGGGUCGGGGAGCAGGGUCCAACGUCCUCUCGGAGAAGGUGAAAGAGAUGCAGACGUUCUUCAAGCUCAAUGUCACCGGCAGCCUGGACGCAGAGACGAUGGAGGUGAUGAAGAAGCCGCGCUGCGGGGUGCCUGACGUGGCUCGGUACCAGGUGUUUUCAGACAGGGCCAAGUGGACAGUCAACCCCGUCUCAUACAGAAUUGUGAAUUAUACGCCUGACCUGACAACACAGGAGGUGGACAACGCCAUAGAUGCAGCCCUCAAAGUGUGGAGUGACGUCAUUCCCCUGACCUUCAGAAAGACCACUGACCUCACGGCAGACAUCUUGAUUUCCUUUGCUGCUGGAGAGCACGGAGACUUUUCUCCCUUCGACGGCCCCUCCGGGACGCUGGCCCACGCCUUCUCUCCGGGCUCAGGACUGGGGGGAGACGCACAUUUCGAUGAAGAUGAACGUUGGUCCACAACAUCCAAAGGGUUCAACCUGUUCCUUGUUGCUGCCCAUGAGUUUGGCCAUGCUCUGGGGCUGGACCACUCCAGUGACCCUUCGGCACUCAUGUACCCCACCUACAAGUACGUGGACACCACAGGGUUCGUGCUUCCCAGCGACGAUGUCAAAGGGAUCCAGUCUCUGUACGGUAAACCCACAGCUAGUCCUGCGACAACUACAACUGCAACUACAAGCAAGGCCCCGGUGAAGAGCACGGCAGCAGCGCACCCGGGCUGUGAUCCUAACCUGACCUUGGACGCUGUGGCUUAUCUGGGCAGUGACUUGCUCUUCUUCAAGGGCAGUGCCGUGUGGCGGAAGAGGCAGAAUGGAUCAGUUGUCAGAGAGCCACUCUCUGCCAGGUUCUCCUGCCCUCUGACUAAUGUCGAUGCAGCGUAUGACUACAGAGGGGCCACGUAUCUCUUUAAAAACACUGACAUGAUCAUGUGGUUGAAAGAGCAGGGGGACAAAUACAAGCCAUAUCAGUUGAACAUUUCUUACUUUGGAUUCCCAAGGACUGUGAGGAAGAUAGAUGCUGCUGUCCACAUCGCGGCAACAGGAAAGACGCUGUUCUUUGUUGGUGAUCAAUACUACAGAUUCAAUCAGAAGACGUCGACAAUGGAGCUCAGAAGCACCAUCAAAGAAGACUUUCCAGGAAUCGGCUCAAAAGUUGAUGCUGCCUUUCAGAUGUCUGGUAAAACCUACCUUUCCAGCGGACCCUAUCUGUAUGAAUACGACCUGAACAACAGACGAGUCGUCAGCACCCAGAGGAACUCGGCGCUGCUCGCCUGCUAGGCGCGGCCGGAGAAGACGCUCACUCCGCUCCGUGAACGCGGCUCCGCUGCCGUCUGCAGCGUCAUCUGUGGAAACCCAACUGACCCAAUGACUCUCAGUGACCACACUAUCCCCUGUACAUAAAUAUCAUACGCCUGUAUUUUCCAGUGCAUGUUGCUGAGGAUUUAAAUUUACGGAAUACAACAUCCUCUCGUAGUAUUUUGAGGGUAGGUGUUGUGGAGAGCACGGUGGAGAGGGUUCUCCAAGACAGAAAUCCUUCCUGGAAGAAAGGAAACGCAGGGAUUAACCACCUGCUGUUUUCUUCCUCACUAAAGCUAGAUUUCGCUUGGAUGAAUAACUUUGAAUAUAAACCGACAACAGGCUAAAUAGACAUUUAAUCUGAACAAAUCAGUAGUUUGUAGAUGCAAGUUAAAUUAUUUCAACCCUCUUUAAUCUCUUUUAUUUAGAUCUGUGGUCAAAUGAUAUUGUGCAUGUUAAGUCAUUAAAACUUUGGUCAUUGCUAAUUAUAUUCAAAUGUAAUUCAAAUAUUAUUUAUGGGAUUUUGUUGUAAUUGGCUUUUCUCUGGGGUACAUAUUGCACAUGAAAUAUUUUGUAUGCUCAGGUGUUUGGACAUAUGGUGUAAUAUUCAGCUUUGAAAAAUGUAUUAUUAUGAAAUGUUAUAGUACUGUAUUAGAUUCUUAACUAGAUGUUGAUUCAUAAUGAUUAUUUUGUAAAUGAAUGAAACUUGUAGUAAAA